UUAUCUACGGUCAUCACUAGUCAUCCCUCAUCAUCAUCAUCUUCAUCAACACAAAACCAAAAACAAACCCUUCAUUUCUUUUUCAUCCCCUCACUUCUCUCUUUACUAAAGCUUCUUCUUUUCUUCCUACCCUAUUAACCUUUUUCCCAUACGAAUAAAGAUGCUUCUUUUUUGUAUGAAAUCUUGACCCUAAAUCUAAUCAUCAACUCUUAAGAGAAAAAGAAAGAGUUAGAUGUUUUUCAGCCAUGGACUUAACCAAUAACACUUCUACUACUACUACUACUACUCCUACACUCACCAACACAACCACCAUUACUACUACAUCAGCUCAUAUCAAAACCCCAGAAGCUGAAAUUGAAACCCCAACUCAGAUCCAAAAACCUAAGCCUUUCUCUUUCAGUAAUGGUGUCCUUAAACGCAAAAAUCUCUUCCAACAUCAUCAUCCUGUUGUCGUUAUUUACAAAGAAUGUCUCAAGAAUCAUGCUGCUAGCUUAGGUGGCCAUGCGGUUGAUGGCUGUGGAGAAUUUAUGCCUUCUCCUACUGCUAACCCAGCUGACCCAACAUCUCUUAAAUGCGCCGCUUGUGGCUGUCACCGGAAUUUCCACCGCCGUGAGCCGGAAGAACCCGUCGUCAUCCCACCACCACCUAUCGCCACCGCAGCUCUUGAGUACCAACCUCACCACCGUCACCAUCCUCCUCCACCACCUCCGCCGCUUCCUCGUGGGGACCACAGCAGCCCGAAUUCUCCAUCUCCACCGCCGAUUUCUUCAGCUUAUUACCCGGCUUCUGCACCUCACAUGCUCUUAGCCUUGAGUGCUGGCUUUUCUGGCGAAAAAAAUCAUAACCCCAUAUCAAGCCCGGUGGUAAAUACUACUAACUCUAACGGGAGAAAGCGUUUCAGGACGAAGUUCACUCCGGAUCAGAAGGUGAAAAUGCUGGAAUUUGCAGAAAGAGUUGGGUGGAAAAUGCAGAAGCGAGAUGAAGAUCUGGUGAGAAGUUUCUGCAACGAAAUUGGAGUUGAAAAGGGUGUUUUAAAAGUAUGGAUGCACAAUAACAAGAAUACUUUUGGGAAGAAAUUAGAUCAACACCACCUCGCCGACAUCAACAUCAACAACAAUGGUAACAGUACUAACGUCGUUAAUGGUUUUUGUAUUGUUAGUAGAAAUAACAACAGUCAUCAUCAUAACAGCACCGACUCAGCAGAAUUUCACCUUCACCAUCACGAAAGCAGCAAUGACGACAACAAGAUUAUUGACCAUAUUAAAAGUGUUAGUACUGCUAAUGUUGUUGUCGGUACUAAUGGGUCUUCUUCUUCGUCUUGAUCUUAGAUGGAAUAUGAGUGAAAAAUGGAUAAAUAAGGUUUUAAUUAGAAUUAGUGCAAGGAAGAGAGAAUCUUUGAGGCUGGUACUAGCUAUUAUUAGUCACGUUUAUUUGUUUUUUAGAACUGUUUUUUUUUCUUUGUUCAGUAAUCAGUGCUCAGCUUAUGAAGAUAACAAUGGUAACUAAGAUUGUUCCAACGAGCAAAUUAAUUUGUUAAUUUUUCCUUUUGAUUCCUGCCUUUGUAAAUUAUGCUACGUACUUUUAUAUCUUACUGUACUUAAUUUAUUCAAACACGUUCUUUGUGGAGUAUUAAUCUU